UUUAGUUCCACCUCUAGCCUUGUCCACGCGAGUUAUUUUAUUUUUUAACUAAAUUUUGUUGAUAGCUGGGAUCUGCUAGGGAAUCGCAUUGACCUGCCAUGAGCACAAUUUUGGAGAAAAUCGCGGCCAUCGAGUCGGAGAUGGCCCGCACCCAGAAGAACAAGGCGACAUCGGCGCAUUUGGGUCUGCUGAAGGCAAAGCUGGCCAAGCUGCGGCGCGAGCUCAUUUCUCCCAAAGGCGGCGGCGGUGGCACAGGCGAAGCUGGCUUCGAGGUGGCCAAGACCGGAGACGCCCGGGUGGGUUUCGUGGGUUUUCCCUCCGUGGGGAAAUCCACGUUACUCUCCAACCUGGCUGGCGUUUACUCUGAGGUGGCGGCCUAUGAGUUCACAACGCUUACGACGGUGCCCGGCUGCAUCAAGUACAAGGGCGCCAAGAUCCAGCUGCUGGAUUUGCCUGGAAUUAUUGAGGGUGCCAAGGAUGGCAAGGGUCGUGGUCGGCAGGUGAUAGCUGUGGCGCGGACCUGUAACCUCAUCUUCAUGGUGCUGGAUUGCCUGAAGCCGCUGGGCCACAAGAAGCUGCUGGAGCACGAGUUGGAGGGCUUCGGCAUCCGGCUGAACAAGAAGCCGCCAAAUAUCUACUAUAAGAGGAAGGACAAGGGCGGCAUCAACCUCAACAGCAUGGUGCCGCAGUCUGAGCUGGACACGGAUCUUGUCAAGACCAUUCUGUCCGAAUACAAGAUACACAAUGCGGACAUCACGCUGCGGUAUGAUGCAACCAGUGACGACCUGAUCGACGUCAUCGAAGGCAACCGCAUCUAUAUACCCUGCAUCUAUCUGCUGAACAAGAUCGAUCAGAUCUCCAUCGAGGAGCUGGACGUCAUCUACAAGAUUCCCCAUUGUGUACCCAUAUCGGCGCAUCAUCACUGGAACUUUGACGACCUGCUGGAGCUAAUGUGGGAGUACCUGCGACUGGUACGGAUCUACACCAAGCCGAAAGGACAACUUCCGGACUACAACUCGCCCGUGGUGCUCCACAAUGAGCACACGAGCAUCGAAGACUUUUGCAACAAGCUGCAUCGCUCCAUCGCCAAGGAGUUUAAAUAUGCGCUGGUCUGGGGCUCUUCGGUUAAGCAUCAGCCACAGAAAGUUGGCAUCGAGCAUAUCUUAAACGACGAGGAUGUGGUGCAGAUUGUGAAAAAGGUGUAGACUUCCGGUGCAACGCUUUUGCUUUUUGAUUGUUCAAUUGAAUUUUUUAUUCGGAAAUACAAAAUAUAAUAUUCUGUA